CUAACCAUUAACUCAGUUACCUACCGGCUACCACUCCUACCAGUUUAAACUAGUGUGUUGACCACGUGGUUUCUUAUUCAAAUUAAUUUGAUAAAUAAUUAAAACUGAACAAUGAAGGUGCUUUCUGAAGAGCAGACGGCCAAGGUUUUUGAAAAACUCGCCAAAUACAUUGGAGACAACUUGAAGUUAUUGCUAGACCGUCCUGAUGGGAAAUAUUGCUUCAGGGAGAAAAAAACUAGGGUUUACUACAUUUCUGAAACCGUUCUCAAAUUAGUUGGAAAUGUUGCCCCGAACAACUUGGUUUGUGCUGGUACCUGCAUUGGUAAAUUUACCAAAUCAGGAAAAUUCUUGUUGCACAUAACGGCUCUUAGCUAUUUAGCACCCUACGCUCAGAAUAAAAUUUGGGUGAAACCCAAUGCGGAACAGCAGUUCCUUUAUGGUCACAACAUUCUGAAAUCUGGCUUGGGAAGAAUAACAGAAAAUACAGAAAAGCAUCAAGGCGUUGUCGUCUAUUCGAUGAAUGACCUACCUCUUGGGUUUGGUUUAACUGGAAAAAGUACUACUGAAUGUAAGCAUGCUGAUCCGCUUACAAUUGUCUGCUUACAUCAGUCGGACGUAGGAGAAUACAUUAGAUCAGAAGAUACUCUGGCAUAAUUUUUUUUUUCAUUUAUGUAUUUUUUUUUUUUUUUUAAU